AUGGGGAACAAUUUUCCCACUUGGAAAGAAAAGGUAACGAUUGUCCUUGGUGUUCUGGACCUUGAUUAUGCACUCAGGGUUGACACUCUUACUGCUCCCACCGUUGCUGUGGAGAAUUAUGGUGAACUUAAGAAAACUUAUGAUUUAAUUGCUGAGAAGUGGGAGCAAUCGAACUAUUUAUCCCUAAUGAUUAUGAAGAGCUCUAUAUCAGUUGGGAUAAUGGGAGCAAUCCCUGACUCCAAUACUGCUAAGACAUACUUGGCAUCUGUGGAGGAGCAAUUCAAAGACACCUCCAAGGUUUAUGCCACUAAGCUCAUUCAAAGGCUCUUAAGCACUAAAUCUGAUGGGUCCGACAGCAUAAGAGAGCACAUUAUGAUGAUGACAGAUAUGGUUGGCAAGCUCAAGGGCAUGGACAUGGAGAUCUCUGAGGGAUUUCUUGUCCAUUUCAUUAUGAUAUCACUCUCCUGA